AUGCAGCAAGCUUGCAGUGCAAACUUGCAAAACUUGCAACGCAAGUCGGCUGCAAAUGUUAACUCUGGCAUGCUUCCAAUUUCUCGAAAUGUGGAAAAUUUUAGUGGUUAUCAUAAUUCUAUUUAUGAAAAUCCCGAGAGAAAUUUCAAAAAUUUUCCUUGUCCCAAUUGUCCAAGUGCUUUUACUCGUAAAAAUGGACUUAUUUGCCAUUUACGAUUUGAAUGUGGACAACCACCACGUUUUAAAUGUCCCUAUUGUGACUAUAGAUCAAAAAAAUCAUCAAAUGUUCAAAAACAUGUUCAUUACAGAACAUCAGCUGAAACAACAUUUGUUUGUCCACAAUGUAAACGUAAUUUUCGACGAAUGAAAGGAUUAAAACAACAUAUGACUUAUGAAUGUAAUCGACUACCACGUUUCCAGUGUCCCUAUUGUUGUCAACGUUCAAAACUUUUGUCAAAUUUGUAUAAACACAUUCGACGAAUUCACGCUGGAAAUAAAGUCUGGGGAAUUGAUCUACAUCAAUAA